GAGGGCAGCGGAGAGAAGCCAUCAGGCCCCGCCCGCGAAGGUGGCGCGUUGCGGGCCCGGCCCGCCCCGGGCAGCGCGCGGCCGAGGUGGCGGCGCGGGGACGGGCGUCCCGGGGCGCAGCAUGCGGAGCGUGUGGCCGCCGCCCCCGGUGGCCGCGGUGCUGGCGGCGCUGGGGAUGUCGACCUACAAGCGGGCCACGCUGGACGAGGAGGACCUGGUGGACUCACUCUCCGAGGGCGACGUCUACCCCAACGGCCUGCAGGUGAACUUCCGCAGCCCCCGGAGUGACCAGAGGUGCUGGGCAGCGCGGACCCAGGUGGAGAAGCGGCUGGUGGUGUUGGUGGCACUUUUGGCAGCAGGAUUGGUGGCCUGCCUGGCAGCACUGGGCAUCCAGUACCGAACAAGAACACCACCCAUGUGCCUAAGCGAGGCCUGCAUCUCAGUGACCAGCUCCAUCUUGAGCUCCAUGGACCCCUCAGUGGACCCCUGCCAGGACUUCUUCAGCUAUGCCUGCGGGGGCUGGAUCAAGGCCAACCCCGUGCCUGAUGGCCACUCACGCUGGGGGACCUUCAGCAACCUUUGGGAACAUAACCAGGCUAUCAUCAAGCACCUACUCGAAAAUUCCACAGCCAGCGUGAGUGAGGCAGAGAGGAAGGCCCAAGUAUACUACCGUGCGUGCAUGAAUGAAACCAGGAUCGAGGCGCUCAGGGCCAAACCCCUGAUGGAGCUGAUUGAGAAGCUCGGAGGCUGGAACAUCACAGGCCCCUGGGCCAAGGACAACUUUCAGGACACCCUGCAAGUGGUCACAGCUCACUACCGCACCUCGCCCUUCUUCUCUGUCUACGUCAGUGCCGACUCCAAGAACUCUAACAGUAACGUGAUCCAGGUGGACCAGUCUGGCCUGGGCUUACCCUCCAGAGACUAUUACCUGAAUAAGACCGAAAAUGAGAAGGUGCUGACUGGAUACCUGAACUACAUGGUCCAGCUGGGGAAGCUGCUGGGCGGGGGGGACGAGGAUGCCAUCCGGCCCCAGAUGCAGCAGAUCCUGGACUUUGAGACAGCGCUCGCCAACAUCACCAUCCCCCAGGAGAAGCGCCGGGAUGAGGAGCUCAUCUACCACAAAGUCACGGCCGCUGAGCUGCAGACCUUGGCACCAGCUAUCAACUGGCUGCCCUUUCUCAACACCAUCUUCUACCCCGUGGAGAUCAACGAGUCUGAGCCUAUUGUGGUCUACGACAAGGAAUACCUUGAGCAGGUCUCCACCCUCAUCAAUAACACCGACAAAUGCCUGCUCAACAACUACAUGAUCUGGAACCUGGUGCGGAAAACAAGUUCCUUCCUCGAUCAGCGUUUUCAAGACGCCGACGAAAAGUUCAUGGAAGUCAUGUACGGGACCAAGAAGACCUGCCUUCCCCGCUGGAAGUUCUGCGUGAGUGACACAGAAAACAACCUCGGCUUUGCCCUGGGCCCCAUGUUUGUCAAGGCGACCUUUGCUGAGGACAGCAAAAACAUCGCCAGUGAAAUAAUCCUGGAGAUCAAGAAGGCAUUUGAGGAGAGCCUGAGCACCCUGAAGUGGAUGGACGAAGACACCCGGAGAGCGGCCAAGGAGAAGGCGGAUGCCAUCUACAAUAUGAUAGGCUACCCCAACUUCAUCAUGGACCCCAAGGAACUGGACAAAGUGUUCAAUGAUUACACCGCAGUUCCAGACCUCUACUUCGAGAAUGCCAUGCGCUUUUUCAACUUCUCAUGGAGGGUCACUGCGGACCAACUCAGGAAAGCACCCAACAGAGAUCAGUGGAGCAUGACCCCACCCAUGGUGAACGCUUACUACUCACCCACCAAAAACGAGAUUGUGUUUCCAGCUGGGAUCCUACAGGCGCCGUUCUACACCCGCUCCUCACCCAAGGCCUUAAACUUUGGCGGCAUCGGCGUUGUCGUGGGCCACGAGCUGACUCAUGCUUUUGAUGAUCAAGGCCGGGAGUACGACAAGGACGGGAACCUGCGGCCCUGGUGGAAGAACUCGUCCGUGGAGGCCUUCAAGCAGCAGACUGAGUGCAUGGUAGAGCAGUACAGCAACUACAGCGUGAACGGGGAGCCGGUGAACGGGCGGCACACCCUCGGGGAGAACAUCGCCGACAACGGAGGCCUCAAGGCAGCCUACCGGGCUUACCAGAACUGGGUGAAGAAAAAUGGCGCCGAGCAGACAUUGCCUGCCCUGGGUCUCACCAACAACCAGCUUUUCUUCCUGGGAUUUGCACAGGUCUGGUGCUCAGUCCGCACGCCCGAGAGCUCCCACGAAGGCCUCAUCACCGACCCCCACAGCCCUUCCCGCUUCCGAGUCAUCGGCUCGCUCUCCAAUUCCAAGGAGUUCUCGGAGCACUUCCGCUGCCUACCUGGCUCCCCCAUGAACCCUCCUCACAAAUGUGAAGUCUGGUGAAGGGCCGAGCACAGACAGCCAAGACAGGAGGGGAAGGGGCUGAGGCCCGGCCCCCAGGGGGCGCUGGGAGACUGCUUCCUUCCAGCUUCCAGGCCACCGCUCAGCCCCUUGGCCACCCAGGUCCCCUGCCCCGCACUGGAGGGUUUGCAGCUGGUACCGAGCCUGUGAUAGAGGUUCUGAACCUAACCCAAGAUUUCAUCCCCUCUGCAAACCCAUCAUCCCAGACGUGCUGGUGCCAGCUCUAGCAGGCAUCUAGGUGUCAGGCUGCUGGUUCACCAGGCCCCGGCCUCAUACCGACAAGGACAAUGGGACACAGUCCCUUGCCCACAUCCAAUGCCAGAUAACCACAAUACCACUGUGUCAAAUGCUUUAAAGAUAUAUUUUUGGGGAAACUAUUUUUUAAACAUAGUGGAAUACACUGGAAAUCUUCAGGGAAAAUGCAUUUCAAACACUUUUUUUUUUUUUUUUUUAG